AUUAUUCCAACAAUUAUUCGGUGGUGGGGGUAGCCCUGUCAUCCCCCAAGGUUCCAGGUUCAAUUCAAGUUCUUGUUCGAAGGUUAAGGAACGUUGAACGCAUUCAAGGCAUUCUCAUAUUCCUUAAUCUUGUACUUAGACUGCGUAAAUCGCAUUUCUUACUUUGUUCAACAAUAAUCGUUACAUUUUCUUUUUGCUGGAUUUAUUAGCAAAUUAAUUCCUAUGCUUCGCAGGAUUACGGAUCACAUCAUUGUUCCCAUUAAUAUCUUCGCUGGGCGAUCCGCCUCUCUGCUCACAUACCAAUACCCUCACCAGUGACGUCGUCUCAUCUAAUCCCACUCACACUCCAUUCCAGCCAACAGUUCCAACAAAUCUCCGAUCUACAAACCGCCAUUACGAAUCAUAACCUACUUUACGAUUUACUUACCGUACCAGCAAAAUACUUACUUCGGGUGCCGCCCACGUUGUACGUAUAUAACUGUCGGUGUUGGUCCGUGAGACCUACCAAGCUAGCAUAUACACCGGCCGCGCAUUCUACCGGUACGAAGGGAUCUUGUUAUCAUGGCAUCAGUGACGUCCUUAGAUAAGGACUUGCGCAAGUUGCGCCUCGACAAAUACACUCCAGCCGCUGCGAACGAAGCCCGAUCGUGGAUCGAAAGCGUUCUAGGAAGCAGACUCCCGUCUAAUGAUCUUCUUGAUGGGCUCAAAGAUGGCGUCGCCUUAUGCAAACUUAUUAACUUGGCGGUUGGUCCGCCCGGCGUCAAGUUCAAGACAUCGGCGAUGCCCUUUAUCCAAAUGGAAAAUAUCUCCCAUUUCCUCCGCGCCUGCCAGUCUCCACCCCUAAAUCUACAAGAUCACGACAUGUUCCUCACCGUCGAUCUUUACGAGCGAAAAGACCCCGCCCAAGUGCUUCAAUGCCUCGGCGCUUUCUCCCGCGCCGCGCAUUCCGUCAAUCCCGCCGCAUUUCCCUCGCCUAUCGGACCAAAAGCAAGAGGUCCCGCCAUGAGCCCACAAAGCACAGGCCCGACGACGCCGAGAAACCGGGGUACGUCGAAUGUGAGCAACAACUCAUCUACGUACGGAUCGCGUUCGGCAAUGGUUCCUUCAAGGACCGGAGAUUCAGGCUCGGGGCGCUGGAGUCCUACAAAAAGUCCGACGCCAACUAGCGAACGAGUGGGGUCGCCCAAUGUGUCGAGCUGGAGUAAGAGAGACCAUGAAGGUGUUACUAGCCCGGCAUGGAAUAUUGCGCAGUACGGCUACAUGGGCGGCGCAAGCCAAGGCAACUUAGGUAUAUCGUUUGGAGGUCGGCGUCAGAUCACAACUGCCAGUCCCCAAGUCCCCAGCUUCGCCGACAAGGAGCGUAAGCGCAAAGAACAAGAGGCCGAAGCUGAACGCCAGAGAUUACAAGCAGAAGAAGAGGAACGCAUCCGUAAGGCGGAGCUAGAGGCCGAGGAGGAACGAGCACGGUUAGAAGAAGCACGUAGAUGGGAAGAAGAAACGAGGCGAAUGCGAGCGGAAGAGAAGCGCAAAGCAGACGAGGAGAGGCGCCGCUGGGAGGAAGAAGAACGUCAAUGGAAGUUGACGGAGGAGAAGCGCCGAAGGGAAGAGGAAGAAGCCGAAGCAAAACUGGCCGAAGAACGCCGUCUUGCACGGUCUCCAAGGUUGCAAGGACAGUUCCUCAGCCAAUACCAAGCUGAGCAAGGCAUUACGCCCCAGAAAAGCGGCGGGAGCGGAUAUGGCGAUCGCAUUAGGCAGCUAGAGCAAGAACUGGAAUUAGCAAGGCAGCGCGAACAAGAAUACGAGGAACAACGACAACGACGGUCACAGAACCGAGCGCGGUCUCGCAGCCGACCAGGAAAGCAGGAGAGACCACCUAGCCGUCAAGACUCGUGGCGACCUAAGGAUGAGCAACAGUUCUUGAGCACACAGUGGAACCGCGAACGAGAGCGGGAACGGCAACAGGAACAGGCGCAAGAAAUUGCUCCUCCACCUCCGCCGCGCCCUCUUCCCGUGCCCGUAGCAGUGCCCGUAAAAACGCACCGCACGGGAGAGGCAUUGCCUCCCCUACCCGUCAAACCCCAAAGGACUGGCGAGAAUAGGCCCCUCCCCAUUCCGGACCGGGUUAAGAAACAGGUAGCCGGAAGCCCGGGCCCCAGCCCCUCGUCACGACCCCUCCCCGUCCCCUCCGCAAACCCCAACGGAGGCAACCGCACGGACCGCUACCUCGCGACCAACCCCGCGCCUGCUCCGCCUCCCCCGCAACAGACGUACUCCCGCGAGCUGGACGCGACGGCCGAACGCGACGCCGAGGACCGCAGGAGAGCCGAGUCGCAGGCCAAGACCAAGGCCGCCGGCUGGGCGGGCAAGUCCCUCCUCGAGAGGGAGAUGGAGAUGGAGCGCCAGAGGCAGCGCGAGUGGGAGGAGGCGCAGCAGGAGACGGCGAAGGCGGCCAGGUCCGGGGACGGCGUGGACGGGAUCGGCGGAGGGAUCGGUGGGCGGUGGGACGUUAGUCAGUGGAGCGGGUAUACGGGCGGUGAUAGCCAGAAUAAGGGCGGUGCGGGGAUCGGCGCCGGUAGGAGGCAGAUCGUGGGGCCUAGGCCGUUGCCUAGUAGGCCGGGGUCUUGAGGGGGCGGGUCUGGUCUGGGAACUUGGGGGAAGGGUUUGGGGUAUAGACUCAAGCUUUGCGGUAUCACACUUAGGUAUUAAGCUUGGGUAUGAAUGAUAUGGUGUUACGCUGAUGUUGGGGAACGAAUGAGGUUUUGGAGGUGUAACCUAGGUAGGUUAGCUGAGGUUGGGGUAGGUGGUUUGGUGAAUAACUAGAUGAAGUAAAGAUAAUGCGGUGAUGAAUUGCUUACCUCUUGCGUGUCAUGCUUUGUUGUAUUGUGUUGUGUUUGAUUGUACGUUGGAUGAGUUGUGAUGUGAUUUGUUGUGUGGACGGUGCGGGACGGAGGUGUGGUUGGUACCUACCUAUGUAGUACUUGGGGUCGGAAUAGGAGUGACCCCUGAGUUAUGUCAUAGUACAGGGGGAACACAGGAGAAAGAUCAACGUGUCAGCAUGAUAACUCAUAAAAACAUAAAUCUCAUUCACAUAUAAAUAGCUCUUGCAUUUCUCUAAAAAUUAGUUAUUACUAUUCUAAAACAAGAUUACUCAGCCCCCGCGAUGCUGGUC